GUGGUACGAGGGUAUUGCGUGGGCGAUGGUGAUGAAGCUGCGCGAGGCUCUCGUAAAGCGCGCCGGUGAGAUCUACGCUCGGCGCCACCCGCCGGCACCUGACGAGAGCCCCAUCAAAGGGGAGGAUCUGACUUCCGAGCAGCUAGCGUCUGUGGAGGCGGAGGUUUUCGAGGAUCUCGGCAACAUGGACCAGACGCCAGUCCAGCACGAGAUGCCGGUGGAGACCACUCUGGAGAAGACCGGCGCGAAGGAUGCUCGCGUCAGCACAGGAGGCGAAGAGAAGGAACGCUUCACGCUCGUUCUGGCUGUCACGGCGGACGGCAAAAAGGUUUCGCUGCGCAUCAUCUUCAUGGGCACGCCGUUCAUCCCCCCGACCGUGAGCGGCAAGGGCAAGAGCACCCUGCCGCGGAAGAACUCCGUCGCGUGGGAGAUGCAUCCUACGAACCGCGCCAAGCACGGCCACCCUGCCAACGGCAUGUCCUUCGGUGUGCAGGAGAAGAGCUGGAGUGACCAGCGGGAGUGCAACGGGUGGACCUCGGGCAGCUGGAAGCUCCGUCCCAACAACGGCAGCAUCGUCCAGCAGCGCCCGUGCAUCCUGGUGCUGGACGACUUCAAGUGCCACAAGGACGAGGGUUUCAUCGCCGCCCUCAAGAGAGACGCCAACACCAUCGUCAUCUUCAUCCCAGGCGGGUUGACGCCCUUGCUCCAACCGCUCGACCGCAUGCUCAACAAGCAGACGAAGCGGCUGCUGCGGAGCAAGUACACCGCCUACAGCGCGUCUGCGACAGACGCCCGGUCGGGGAAGCUGAAGCCACCGGAGCGUGGGGUCGUCUCUACGUGGUGCAAGGGAGCGUGGGAGUCCAUCACCCCCGAGACGGUGAAGACUUGCUUCAAGAUCUGCGGUCUCACGCUCGCGCUCGACGGCAGCGAAGACCACGCCUGGUGCGCGCACAACUUCGGGGAAGACUACCGCGACCUUCUCGAGGAGCAGCACGCCGUGUGGCUCGCUGAGCACCCCAAUGUGACUCUCCCGCCGCUCAAGCUGCCGAAGGUACCANUCUUCGGGGAAGACUACCGCGACCUUCUCGAGGACCAGCAAGCCGUGUGGCUCGCUGAGCACCCCGACGUGACUCUCCCGCCGCUCAAGCUGCCGAAGGUACCAGGGGGGUUCGACUCCAACCCCAUCAUGGCUGCUCAGAAGGAGGUCGAGGGGAAGCUGCUGCCCUACGUCCCUGAUGAGAGCGACAGCGAGGUGGAGGUCUUGGAGGGCGACAGCGACGUGGAAGUCGUGGAGGGGCAGGGGGGCGGGGGCGCCGAAGGAGAAGUAGUUGAAUCAUAGUUCUUUGGGAUUGCCAGUGAGAUAUGGAUGUUUUUGCGAUGGUAGGGGCGCGGGCACGAAGUAGAGUUCAACCCGCCUAGGAAGUACAGUAGUAGGACGUUGGUAGCUCGUAGUGGUAGUUUGGUGUGAUUUUGCUUCGUUUUUGGUUUCAUCUGCGUUUAGAAUUGUUGAGUGGAUGCCGUUUGCCGAUUUGCCGAUCUUGAUUCUUCAGAACGAAAAUAAGAGAACAAAGAGUACAAAUACCACAUUUUUGAACAUCGUCAUGGUGCCAAGGGCAGCAGUAGCAGUGGAACACGCGAUUCAAGCUCCCACAGUAUCCGGAAUUUCCAGCACAAGAUGCUGGUGAAAGGGUAUCACUUGCCGCCAAACCCCACCGCACAUGUCGGCGUAUCCACACAGUAUGGGCAGACGACGAUACCUGUGCGAUAAUCUAGCAAAUCAUUCGGAACUCGCUUUUUUUCCGCACACCCUGCGCCAAGACC